AUGAACGGGGCUGCAAAAAAUCUUGUUGAAAAGUUCAAUGCAGAAGGCUUACCGACUGGAAAGGUUGCUGCAAUGUUCAAUGGCAGUGAUUUAGCUUUUUCAAAUAGGGAUUGUUGGAACCAUUUGAGAAAUCUUCGGAGAAAGAACUUAGAUGUUGGAGAUGCACAAGCUGUUUUCAAUUACUGUAAACAAAAAAUGAUAAACUUUUUCUGGGUGGAUGCUAGAUCAAGGUUUGCUUAUCAACAGUUUGGUGAUGUUAUUACUUUUGAUACAACAUAUAGAACCAACAAAUAUAGCAUGCCAUUUGCCCCUUUCACGGGACUGAACCAUCAUCUUCAAUCAAUUUUAUUCGGUUGUGCAUUGUUACAAGAUGAAUCUGAAAAAUCUUUUGUAUGGUUUUUUGAAACUUGGCUUGAGGCAAUGAAUGGAAAGAAGCCUGUUUCUAUGAUAACUGAUCAAGAUUUAGCUAUUGGAGCUGCUGUUGCCAAGGUAUUUCCAGAAACACGUCAUCGUCUAUGCUUGUGGCACAUUAGAAAGAAGUUUCCUGAAAAGUUUGCACACAUAUAUCACAAAAAUUCUACAUUCAAGCGUGAACUGAAGAGGUGCAUUCGAGAAUCAUCAAGUAUCAAGGAUUUUGAAGAUGAUUGGCAGCGCAUAAUGGUUGAGUAUAGCUUGCUGGAAAAUGAAUGGCUUCAAAGAUUAUUUGAUAUUAGAGAGUCAUGGACACCGGUUCAUAAUAGAAGCACCUUUUUUGCCGGUAUGAAUACUACACAAAGAAGUGAAAGCAUUAAUUCUUUUUUGGACUCCUUUGUUAAUUCAACCACAACACUACGAGACUUUGUGGUAAAAUUUGAGAAGGCCAUUAACAAUCGCUAUGAGGCUGAAAUAAAAGAGAAUUUUGAGUCCCGACAUAAGUCACGCACUUUGACUAUUGGCUCAAAAAUUGAAGAACAUGCUGCAUCAAUUUAUACAAGAAAUGUGUUUGUUAAGUUUCAUAAUGAGCUUGUUAGCCAUUUUACAAAGGAGAAGAUUGAGAAAAAUGGUUCACAUUGUAAGUAUCGGCACAUUUUGGUGAUUUUUCAAGCAAAAAAUAUUAUUCGAAUUCCUUGUCAGUACAUAUUGGAGCGUUGGACAAAAGAGGCCAACAAAUGUAUAGAGGUGGGUGACAUUGAAAUUUGGAAUAAUGAAUCAAAUGUUUUGAGAAGUAUGAAUGUGCAACGUAAAUUUGACAAAUUUUCUAAUUGGGCUAAAAGAUCCGAAGAUGCAUAUAAGUUUAUUAUAUCAAAACUUGAUCGCAUUUAUAAUAUGGCCAGUACAAUGGGAAUGGAAAUUGUAGAUGUCAAUGAAGAUCCUAUAGGGUCAAAUCAACAGAAUUUGACAUGUGACACAACAAAUGAUGCUUCAGAUUUUAAUAUCAAAGACCCAUAUGUUUCACAUACAAAAGGAAGAAGAAGAAAGGAUUUUGACAAAGUCCCUCUAACAUGGAGGUUUAAGGGUGGUCUUGAAUUAUCGAUAAACAAGGCAUUGGUUAAAAGGAGAGCAUAUAUUAUAUCUGUUUUUGUAUCAGCAGAUAUUGUAUCUAUUUUUGUUUUGGAUAUGGCUAAAGCAUGUAGUUCAGCAUCUGCAUCUGUUUCUCUAGAUUCUUAG